AGCAUUAUAAAAUUCCUCGUCUACAAUGUCAUGGGUUUUCGUGGAGGUCCUUGGCAUCUAUGGAGUAAUAACUUGUUCUUAAGGAAAUGGGAGAAACGGAUGCUACCAGUGACCCCUGAAAAGCCCGGGCUACUGAUCUGGGUGAAAAUUUUAGGGCUGCCCAUGGAAUGUCAUCUUCCAGAAUGCUUGAUCAAGAUAGCUAAUAUGAUAGGAAGGCCUUCUUGUAUGGAUCAGGUGACUACAAUAGAGGGUCAGAUUGGGGUUGCAAAGUGUUGUGUAGAAAUCAAAGUUGAUUCAAAGUGCCCUACUGUACUGAAUCUUGCUCUUGAUGAUGGUCUUUGUUUUACUGCUCAAAUGGAGUACUAUAAUCUCCUGCCCAUCUGUCACACUUGUAACUGCUUUGGGCAUGAUUGCAGUAAGAUUUCUCGGUUCAAAAGGGUUUGGAUGCCCAAGGAGAAGACUGUAAAUAAGGAACUAGUUGUAGGACAAGUUGCCUCAGAGCCAAUUAUUCAAGAUAUAGCUAGCCUGGAAAGAUUACAAGAUGAGGCGGCUGUUGUGAUGAUUGUUGAAGUCGUAUUGGCAGAACCAAUUACUGAAUUGGUGAAUGUUGAAGAGCAUGGAGAAGAGGUGGUGAAUGUUGAAUUACAUGAAACAAAAUUGAUCUAUGUUGCAAAACCAGAGGCAAAGGAGUUAGACAUUCCUUGUGUGGGAAAUUGUAAAGAAGUUGAAGUGCUGGAGAGAAGGUGAGCUACCUACAAAGGAGGAAUUCCAUUAAGUAGUGUAGGGUAGGAAAAGCAUUAUUCAGUCUACUACGGCAAGCAGAGGAGGGUCAAAUAUCCCUUGAGAUAGAUAAAUGAGUGGCAUUCAGUUGCAAGUACCUCAGCCCCAUCAAUUCAAUCUGAAGAAAUUUUGCCUAAGGGAGUAAGGGGAGGAAAACCAGUGCUGGUGGAGGGGGUGGUAAGAAGACUAGGAAGAAAUGAUAGUGGCCUCAUGGAAUAUGAGAGGCUUCAAUAGAGCCUCAAAGCAAUAAUUUAUCAGUAAGUUC